GUGGUGAACGAUUUUCUACGACAUGUCCUGGCGCUGAAUCAGGUUACGCUGCCCUGCUGCAUUUACUGGGCAGCGCGGUACACCAACUACUGCUCCGUUCAAGAGGUGAAUGCUGGGGAUCAUGCAGCUUGUGGGCAAGUGAUCGGCUCACGCUUCGAGCAUCCAGCCUAUUACUUGGUA